CCCAACUGCUACCUCCGAAAAGAAGCGAGGAGGACGAGGAGGAAAAUUUCGAAACGCGCGGCGGCGUUUCGGCUUCGGUCUCUCCCUGGUGGCUGCCGCCGGCUCUCCUCGACCCGACCUCCGUUGCGGAGUCCCCAACUGUUACUUACAGGGAGGGAGGGGACAGGGUAGAGGCGGGAGAGAGGAGAGGGAUGGUGGUGCCCGGUGGCGGCAGCUUCUUGCUGCUGCUGCUGCCUUCGCUGCUCGGUGGCACGGCCCUGCUCGCGGACGCGGCCAGGGUGGUGUCCGCCGAUGUAUCAGCGUCGUCGCCGCCUGCGCCUUCGCCGGCGGCUGACGCGCCCUUUCUUCCGGAUGUGAUGUCUCCUGAAGCUGCACGGGUCCAAACUGGGGGAGAUAACCAUUACCUAAAACAGGUCCUCGUUGCUGUCAUCUUGGCACUUGUUGCAGUCAUUGUGAUCGUGGUUUCAGCAAUUUAUGCAUGGACCUUCUGGAGAAAGGCUCGGGAAGCUCUGAACUCCAAGGACAUCAAAAUAUCAAAUGCUAAUAACGGGAACAUGUUGUUACCCGUCCUGGGCAAACUGAACUUGUUGAAAAUGUCCAAGAAAGAAGUGAUUGCAAUGAUGGACUUCUCAGUCCUAGAGUCGGCUACUGGGAAGUUUAAUGAGAAGAAUAUAUUGGGAAAAGGUGGUUUUGGUUGUGUAUACAGGGCUUGCCUUGAUAGAAGUCAUGUUGCAGCUGUCAAGAAACUGGACUGUUGUAGGCAGGAAGUUGAGAAAGAGUUUGAGAAUGAAUUGGAUUUCCUUGGGAAAAUUCGGCAUCCCAACGUGAUCUCUGUGUUGGGAUAUUGUAUUCAUGAAGAUAUAAGGCUGCUCGUUUAUGAGCUAAUGCAAAAUGGUUCUCUUGAAACACAGCUACAUGGACCUUCCCGUGGUUCAGCUUUAAGUUGGCACAUUCGCUUGAAAAUUGCUCUUGAUGCCGCAAGAGGAUUGGAACACCUUCAUGAGCAUUGCCAUCCUAUGAUUAUACACAGAGAUAUAAAAUCAUCCAAUAUACUUCUUGACACAAACUUCAACGCAAAGAUAUCAGAUUUUGGCCUCGCAAUAUAUGGUGGGGACCACAACAAAGAUGACAUAAAACCUUCAGGAACUGUUGGUUAUGUUGCGCCGGAGUAUCUUCUUGAUGGUCAAUUAACUGAGAAGAGUGAUGUGUAUGCUUUUGGGGUGGUUCUUCUUGAGCUUUUACUGGGAAGGAAGCCAGUGGAAAUGAUUGGAGAAUCUCAUUGUCAAUCUAUUGUUUCAUGGGCCAUGCCUCAGAUAACUGAUAGAACAAAGCUGCCCAAUAUAAUUGAUCCAGUCAUCAGAAAAACCAUGGAUUUGAGACAUCUUUAUCAGGUUGCUGCAGUAGCCGUCCUCUGUGUCCAGCCGGAGCCAAGCUACAGACCACUGAUCGCAGAUGUUCUCCACUCCCUCGUUCCUCUUGUCCCUGUGGAGCUUGGGGGAACAAUGAGGGUGGUAGAACAUUCUCGUCAGGCAGGCUAAAGAAAUGGAAUAUUUUCUGAACAAAAUAUGCCAUAUCUGACGGCCACAAGGAAUUCAUCCAUGCUGCUCAUUUCCAAGGUGGUUAUAAUGAGUGGAGUGCCUGAUCUAUUUGAGAGGGAACAUUUUGUUCCAUCGCCAUUAUUGAACAUCGAUGGAGGCCUGACAAAUUACUGCCAAGAUAUUUAAGAGUCUAAGAGUGUUGCAUAAGAGCAACCAUGGUUUUUGGAGGUAGCUUAGCUUUGUUGUUGUCAGGUUGUCUCAUGUAAAUUCCACUGCAAGUAGGUUUCAUGUAAAUUUCAGGUCUUGGGCAUUCAUGAUAUUUAAUUACAAAAAAUCCAUUCAUAUUAAUUCUAAAACACAUUUCAGAUU